AUGGCGACAAUUGUGUGUCAAGGUUUGCAGUCAUGCCUAGACUCUCAUCUUGUGGAGCCAAGGACACUAAGGCUAAAGUUUUCUGCACCAGUAGCUCAUCACUUCUCCCCAAAUCCUGGAGUUAAAUCUUGGUUUCCAGAGGCUAACUAUAUAGAAGAGCCAAGGGAAGAGAAAUGCCAUUAUGAGGAGCCCUGCAUCAAUAAGCCUGUUGAUGUCCAUGACAACAACAAGGCCACCUCCAAAACCUCUGACUUGGGUGGCUGGAGCUUCCUCCAAGCUGUCUCCAAUCUCUCACAGAAAGGCCCUCAUAAGGAGGACAAAGAAAAUAUGUACAUCCCUCCACAGGUUUAUAAGACCCCAUCAGCUACUAAGCUGACUGAGAAGAGCUUGGAAUUGUGCACUGAGGACCUGGGCAGUGAGACUGGCACCAUCAUCACAGAAGACAACAUUUUCUCAUCAGAUUCUGAGGCAGAAGCAAAAGGCAAGAAUGUGAUGCCAAGGGAGCAACAAAAACAGAGGCAAUUUUCGGGUGGAAAGAAGGGUAAUGUUGUUCAUAGCUUUCCACCUCCCUUGACAACGAUAAGCGGCUCGGAUUCUAUCCAGGUUAGACCCCACAGGGAAGAUGGGAGGCUCAUAAUGAAGGCUGUCAAGGCCCCAACUACUCAAUCAUGUUUCCAAGCUGAAAGGAGCAAUGGCCGCCUUCGAUUAUGCUUUUCAAAACACUUUGCUCCUAAUUUUGACUCCGAAGAACUUGCCACUCAAGAUGACAAUGAAGGAUGUGAAAAUGACAGGAGUGAGGAAGAAGAAGAAGAAGAAGCAGAACAGCAAGACCAAGAAGUAGUGGGAGAGAAUAAAGAAGAAGAUUUUGUAGAACAAUUAGAAGGUGAUGAUGACGAAGGAGAAAAAUGUAUGUGUUUGAUUGAGGCUGAGGAGAUGGAUGGCAAUAGUUUGAAGGUUGGGGGUGAAGAAGGAAUGGACAAGUUUGGAAGGCCAAGCAGGUGCAAAGAAGGUGGUGAGCAUGAGAAGAAAGGGUUAUUAAACUGGGAGCCUUUUUGGGUGGCUACUUAA